AUGGGAGAGCUGGCCGAUUUCCUCGUUGAACGAGACGAAAACUUUCGCAAAGCCCGUCUACCCGCCCUUUACUCCGACUUCCGCGCCCAACGAACCCUCAAUCCGGAUGGCUUCCAAGCAAACGUCAGUGCCUGGCGCCAGGCUCUCGCCCGCGCCGCAUGGGAAGGCAUGAUAGCAUCCCAGGUCUCGGCACCCAACAUUCUCGUCGUGAAUGUUGACGAGAAUCUCGUGCGGUCACUCGAAAGCAAACAAUUCGGCCGCCCUCUGGCACUGGGUACGGUUGUGAGGGAGGCUGUGGAUGAGAAGGACCUAUACCCGAUCAAGGAGUUUCUAACUUCCAAGGAGAGCAUUUACGCCGGGAAAACAUGGGGACAGGUAUCGUGGACUGUGGUGUCAUGGGCGGCAGGGCAGCUCGGAUUCGGCGGGAAGUCAACUUCAGGGGAGGAUAAGCUGCCACAAGGGAGAUUUGUUGUUAUCAAGAACGUUGAAACGACGGCAAAGAGCCUUGCCGAGAAAGUAACAUCGUCCGACACGAGAUUCGACAGGACAUACACGAAGUCGCACUUCCGCAAGACAUUCGCGAACACACUGGUCCAGGAUCGCAGGCUAUCCGAAACGGACGUCGACAUCCUCCUCGUAUUCCUCUCACGGGACAAGAGAAUCGUGGUCUACGACGGACAGGUCGUCAAGAUCAAAGGCAGCGCAGACGAGGACGAGUCCGUCAUUACAGAAGAGGACGCAGCGGUCUCCUCGCUCAAGGAGCUGAUCGCCGACAUGAAGGAACAGACGAAACUCCUUACACGGCGUGUUGACGAGCUCACGGCCACGGCCAAGGACGCCGUCUCUAAGAAGAAUAAAGUUGCAGCGCUGGCAGCACUGAAGUCAAAGAAAAUGACCGAGGCGACGCUGGAGAAGCGCUUCGCGACACUGAAUCAGCUUGAGGACGUGGCGGCGCGGAUCCAGGAGGCCAGGGACAACGUGCAGCUCGUCAAUGUCAUGGAGGCGAGCGCUGGCGCGCUCAAGGGUCUCAACGAGAAGAUCGGCGGCGCGGACCGCGUAGGCGACGUUGUCGACAGGUUGCGCGAGCAGAUGGGCGAGGUGGACGAGGUCGGCAAGGUCAUUUCCGAGGCCGGCGCAGCGCCGGUGGACGAGCUCGAGGUCGACGACGAGCUGGAGGCUAUGGAGCGUGAGGAAAGAGAGAAGGAGGAAGCGGUGGAGCGGGCGAAGAAGGAGGCGCAGGAGACGAAAGAGGCCGAAGAGAUGCGGCACCGGCUCGAGAAGGAGAUGGCGGAGCUGCGACCGCCUGUCACGGAACCCGCGGAAAAAGAGGACGCGAAGGAGAAGAUGCAGACGCCGACAGGGGAAACAGCGGACAGCUUGGAGAAGCUGGGGCUUGAUGAGCGGGAGAAGCCACUGCUCGCGCAGUAG